CAUGUCUGCCCUAACUAAGUAGCUCCUGCGCAUCAGGGAGGGCUGGCGGCAGCUGUGACUCUGCCCCCUCCUACACCCUUGUACCCGAGCGACAUCUCCCGGCCCUCAGAGGCCAGGCAGGGAGGAGCCGGGCUGGGGGCCGCCUGGCAGGAAGCGGCUAGUACCUUCCGCUACUGGAGGAGCAGGUGGCUGCAGUGCAGCCCGGGCCCUAGCUUCCUGUACGUGCCGCCUCUACGGUUUCUCAUCGGAGCUCCUUUGGCCCCCCGGCUGCCCACUGGGCAGGCCCCAUGGCCCAGACCCCAGAUGGCAUAUCCUGCGAACUCCGAGGCGAGAUCACCAGGUUCCUGUGGCCCAAGGAAGCUGAGCUGCUGCUGAAAACGUGGCUGCCAGAGCGGGAGGGUGCUGAGCAAGGCCAUGUCCUGGCACUGCUCCGAUGGAGAGCCUACCUGCUCCACACCUGCCUCCCGCUGAGGGUGGAUUGCACAUUCAGCUACCUAGAGGUCCAGGCCAUGGCGCUGCAGGAGACACCCCCUCAGGUCACAUUUGAGCUAGAGUCCCUGCCUGAUCUGGUCCUGGAGUUUCCCGGCGUGGCUGCACUGGAACAACUGGCCCAGCACAUCGCUGCCGCCAUCAGGAAGGUCUUCCCUCGCUCGACCCUUGGGAAGCUAUUCCGGAGGCCCACGCCCCCCUCCAUGCUGGCUCGGCUGGAGAGAAGCAGCCCCUCAGAGGCCACCUCACCCAGCAGCCCCUGUGGUGGCUUCUCAGAGACGUACGAGGCUCUGUGUGACUACAAUGGCUUCCCUUUCCGAGAGGAGAUUCAGUGGGAUGUGGACACCAUCUACCAUCGUCAGGGCUGCCGCCAUUUCAGCCUCGGAGACUUCAGCCAUCUGGGAAGUCGGGACCUGGCCUUGAGUGUGGCCGCUCUGUCCUACAACCUGUGGUUCCGGUGCCUCUCCUGUGUGGACAUGAAGCUGAGCCUUGAGGUCUCGGAACAGAUUCUGCACAUGCUGAGUCAGUCAUCUCACCUGGAGGAGCUGGUGCUGGAGACCUGUGGCCUGAGAGGAGACUUUGUCCGGCGACUGGCCCAGGUGCUGGCAGGACACUUGAGCUCGGGGCUGCGGGAGCUCAGCUUGGCCGGGAACCUGCUGGAUGACCGAGGCAUGGCUGCCCUCAGCAGACACCUAGAGCGUCGUCCUGGAGCCCUGAGGAGACUCAGCCUAGCACAGACAGGGUUGACACCACGAGGGAUGAGGGCCCUGGGCCGGGCUCUGGCUUCCAAUGCAGCCUUUGACUCUGUCCUGACCCACUUGGACCUUUCGGGAAACCCUGGGGCACUGGGGGCCUCGGAGGACAAUGGGGGCCUAUACAGUUUCCUGAGUCGUCCUAAUGUUCUGACAUUCCUGAACCUCUCAGGCACCGACACUGCCCUGGACACUGUGAGGGGGUGGUCACUGGGGCGGGGGGAGGGCAGGGCAGGGAGAGGCUCACCCUCCUUGCCCUGCCCUCCUCCACAGCUCUUUGCGGCGCUGUCCCGGGGCUGCUGCACCAGCCUCGUGCACCUCGAUGCUUCGAGGAAUGUCUUCUCCCGCAUGAAGUCCCGGGCUGCGCCCGACACGCUGCAGCUCUUCCUCAGCCACGCAGGGAUGCUUCGCCACCUGGGCCUGGCUGGCUGCAAGCUGCCGCCCGACGCGCUCAGGGCGCUUUUGGAAGGCCUCGCGCUCAACACGCACAUGGAUGACCUGCACCUGGACCUCAGUGCUUGUGAGCUAGGCUCUGUGGGUGCUCAGGUGAUACAAGACUUAGUGUGUGAUGCUGGUGCAGUGAGCUCCCUGGAUCUGGCGGAUAAUGGCUUUGGCUCAGACAUGGUGACUCUGGUGCUGGCCAUUGGGAGGAGUCGGUCCCUACGACAUGUGGCGCUUGGAAGGAACUUCAACGUUCGGUGCAAGGAGACCCUGGACGACGUCCUGCACCGGAUUGUUCAGCUCAUGCAGGAUGACGACUGUCCCCUGCAAUCUCUGUCUGUGGCUGAGUCGCGGCUGAAACUGGGUGCCAGCGUCCUGCUCCGGGCCCUGGGCACCAAUCCUAACCUGACAGCCCUGGAUAUCAGCGGCAACGCCAUGGGGGACACAGGCGCCAAGAUGCUGGCCAAGGCGCUUCGAGUCAAUACAAGGCUUCGGUCUGUGGUCUGGGACCGGAAUCACACCUCUGCUCUGGGCCUGCUGGAUGUGGCACAGGCCCUGGAGCAGAACCGCAGCCUGAAGGCCAUGCCUCUGCCACUGAAUGAUGUGGCCCAGGCACAGCGCAGCCGCCCUGAGCUGACAGCCCGUGCAGUGCAUCAGAUCCAAGCUUGUCUCUUGAGGAACAACCGUGCAGACCAUGCCUCUGCUGACCGCACCUCCCGCCCACAGCCACUAGGUCUGGGGUCAGAUCCCUCUGAACAGGAAGUGAAUGAACUGUGUCAGUCGGUGCAGGAACAUGUGGAGCUGCUGGGCUGUGGGGCUGGGCCCCAGGGUGAAGCUGCUGUACACCAGGCUGAGGAUGCCAUCCAAAACGCCAACUUCUCUCUCAGUAUUCUCCCCAUUCUAUACGAGGCUGGGAGCUCCCCAAGCCACCAAUGGCAGCUGCGGCGGAAGCUCGAGGGCCUCCUGGGACAGGUGGGUGAGGUCUGCCGCCGGGACAUUCAGGACUUCACUCAGGCCACACUGGACACAACAAGGAGCCUCUGCCCACAGAUGCUACAGGGACCCAGGUGGAGGGAGCAGCUAGAGGGGGUCCUGGUGGGCUCAAGGGGUCUUCCAGAGCUGCUCCCAGAGCACUUGCUGCAAGACGCCUUCACUAGGCUCAGGGACAUGCGCUUAUCAGUCACAGGAACCUUGGCAGAGAGCAUUGUGGCUCAGGCUCUGGCAGGUCUGAGUGCAGCCCGGGACCGGCUGGUGGAAAGUCUGGCUCAACAGGCAACGGAAGCAGUGCCCCCUGUCAUCCCAGCAGUAGAAGGAGGUGACCCUAGCCCCCUUGGGCCUAGGCAAUUGAAAGAUCUUUUCUUCCCUGAGGAGAAGGAACAGGAGGAUGAAGAGGAUCAGAAGGACGACAGUCCUCCGGAGAAAUGGCCUGUAUCCAGCCACUGCCUUCACACUCACAGUGCUGCUGAGGAACCAGAGCCGGAGCUGGCGGCUCCGGGGGAAGAUGCAGAGCCGCAGGCAGGGCCAUCUGCCCGCGGCUCUCCGAGCCCUGCCACCCCCGGGCCCCCGGCUGACCCUCCGCCUCGCAUGGACCUGCCACCCGCCGGGCAGCCCCUGCGCCAUCCGACCCGGGCCAGGCCACGGCCGCGGCGCCAGCACCACCACCGCCCGCCGCCGGGGGGCCCCCAGGUGCCCCCAGCCCUGCCGCAGGAAGGGAAUGGACUCAGUGCCCGUGUGGACGAGGGUGUGGAGGAAUUCUUCUCCAAAAGGUUGAUCCAGCAGGAUCGCCUCUGGGCCCCGGAAGAGGACCCAGCCACCGAGGGGGGUUCCACCCCUGUCCCUCGGACACUUCGAAAGAAGCUGGGCACCCUCUUUGCCUUCAAGAAGCCUCGUUCAACACGUGGGCCACGGCCUGAUCUAGAGACCAGCCCUGGGGCAGCUCCCCGCACUCGAAAAACCACACUUGGGGACCUGCUGCGGCCACCAGCCCGUUCUGGCCGUGGCGAGGAGCCUGGUGGGGCGGAGGGGGGCACCAGCAGCCCUGACCCUACCCGCAGGAGUCGGCCUCGCUACACUCGGGAAAGCAAGGCUUACUCCAUGAUACUGCUACCUGCCGAGGAGGAAGAGACAACACUGGGUGCCAGACCUGACAAGCGGCGGCCCCUGGAGCGGGGAGACACAGAGCUGGCCCCAUCCUUUGAGCAGCGAGUACAAGUGAUGCUGCAGAGGAUCGGCGUGAGCAGAGGCAGCGGGAGUGCUGACGGCAAGAGGAAGCAAAGCAAAGAUGGAGAGAUCAAGAAGGCUGGCUCAGAUGGUGACAUUAUGGACAGUUCCACAGAGACCCCGCCCAUCUCAAUCAAGUCCCGUACUCACUCUGUGUCUGCUGACCCUUCAUGCAGACCUGGUCCAGGGGGCCAGGGGCCUGAGCCUGCCACCUGGAAGACACUGGGGCAGCAACUGAAUGCGGAGCUCAGGGGUCGUGGCUGGGGUCAACAGGAUGGUCCAGGUCCCCCCUCCCCUUGUCCGAGCCCAAGCCCUCGAAGAGCCAGCCCCUCCCCGGACAGCCUGGGCCUCCCAGAGGAUCCUUGCUUAAGCUCCCAGAACACAGAUGGCCACCUGAGGCCGAGGCCUCUCCCGGCAGGGCGACGAGCCGUGUCUGUGCAUGAGGACCAGCUCCAGGCCCCUGUUGAACGGCCCCUGCGGCUGCAGCGCUCCCCUGUCCUCAAGCGCAGACCAAAGCUUGAGACACCUCCAUCUCCAAGCAUAGGAUCUGGCCUUGGAGCCGAGCCUCUGCUCCCACAGACUUCAGAGCCCUCCAGCCCUGAGCAGAGCCCACCUUCCCCAGCCACAGACCAAAGAGGCGGCGGCCCCAACCCCUGACCUUCUUUUCCUGCCGCAUGAGAUUAUUUUAUUAAAAAACUCAAAGAAAA